GACGAACAUAAACGGAGAUUAGAAACCAGAACAACGAGGCCGAAGGGAUGACGCGCAGUCAAUUUGCGUCCCUAGUUUGCAAUAGUGUAGUUUUCAGGCCAGAGAUCCCAAUUGAGAGAGUCAGAUGGAAUAUGAGAAAUAAUGGAGUUAUUUUUCCAGUUGGAUUGGGAAGGAUGCGCUGGAGAAGCUGGCACUUCCUAGGAGAAACCUCUUCGCCAAUUUUUAUCAGCUCCAGCUCAAUAGCAGAGCAAUCGGAUGUUAGGUCGUCUCGAAGUGUCAGAAGUUCUAUAAGUGAUUGCAUCCUGGUGGAAAAACCUCCUGAAGUUAUUGUAAUUGAUGAUGACGAUGAAAAGAUAGAUGAACCAGUGGUCGCUGCGAAUUCAAACGAUGUUGGGGAUAAUAAUAACGAACGAAUGAAAAGUUGAGCUAUGGUUGUAAUGGGGAUCGAAAACAAUA